AUGGGUAUGGGAUUGAAGAGGACGGUGAGGUGGUUUGAAAAAAGGAGGAGUCCAAUUCAGUCAGUCAGAAGCCAGUUCAAUUGUUCAAGAGCUGCAAUUCCAAGUCAGGACUUUUGGUCGUGGACGCCACCGAGUAGUGAUAGUUCAGAUGGUGUAAUUGACUUGCACGCAGCAAAAAAGCCUUCAGUAAAUCCAAACUUGAGUUUACCGGUGAAGGAGAAAGAGCGAUCCUUGGAUGUUUUGUCAAUUCCGCUUCAGAGUAAUAUGUUUGAGAACCCUCUUCUCCCCCCUAUGCAGUCACUGAAGGAGGAUUGUGGACUUGUGUAUAUGGAGAAAUCUGCAGACAAGUGGGGUAAGAAGGGUAGAGGUGAUGAAUGGCAAGAGAAAUGGUGGGAGCAUUAUGAUGCUUCAGGCAAAGCAGAGAAGUGGGCUCAUAAGUGUUGUAAAAUUGAUCCAAACACACCGGUUGAUGCUGGUCAUGCUCAUAUUUGGCAUGAAGAACGCUGUGAGGGAGAUGGUUGGUCAAACUGGGGCAACAAAUGGGAUAAACAUUUUGAUUCAAAUGGCCAUGGUGUGAAGCAGGGUGAAACAUGGUGGGAAGGCAAAUACGGAAAGAGGUGGAACAAAACAUGGGGUGAGGGCCACAAUGAUUCAGGGUGGAUUCACAAGUAUAGGAAGAGCAGCAGUGGUGAUCACUGGGAUACACAUGAGCAGGAAGACACUUUGUAUGCGAGAAUCCCUUACUUCGGUUUCUAUCACUGCUUCAAAAGCUCAAUUCAACUCAGGGAAGUUCGAAGGCCAUCAGAAUUUCUAGCUUUAGAGACUUCAUCAGACAUGCUUUCAGAUACUUCAUCGGAGAUGCAUCUUGAGACUACGGCGGAGACGUCUAUAGAGAUAUCUCCAAAAGCUUCAUCUGAGAUCCUUAUAGAGACUUUGCCUGCAUCAGAAACUCCAUCCAAGUUGCCUUCAGAGCUUAUAUUGAAGGAUUCCCGGUGA